AGGCAGAUUUGAGCGUCCUGAUAAAGGAAAGUUUCAUUGACAUUCACCCGCGAUUUAUAUCAUUGAGGAUUGCGAAUACAGCGGAGUUAAAAUGUGAAAAUGGACGAUGUUACACACUCGUGUGAACACGAAGAACAAAACGAGGCCGAGGAUUUAGAUACCGCGAUCUCCCUAGUAGCUGAUUUUAACAAUUAUGACUGUUUUCUUCAGCCUUUCAAUUCCCCUGAGGACAUUGAAGGGGAUGAACUGGAAAUCAAGAGAGUAGAUGAACUAGGCGAAGAUGGCCCCCGUUACCAGGGAUUUAUGGAUGAGGAGGGCAGAAAAACUGGUAAUGACUACAGAGAAAAUUCCAUGCCCAGGUUGGAAAUGGAUUUUAAAGAGUCAGACUACCAUCGCAAUCUUGGUAAGUUACAGAGAUUGGUCGAAGACAAAUUUCAAGAACUUCAAGAAAUUACUUCAGCGAAGGAAGAACUAGAGCGUGGCGUUCAGACUGCCUUACAAAAACUCUGGGUUAAGGAAGCUGAGUUGCACAACCAAAGACAGACUUCCUUAGAGCGGGAGAGAUGCUUGAUUGAUGAUUUGAGGCAGGAAUCGGGACAUUCUGAGGAACUUGAAAGUCUGGUUCAGUCUUUGAAAACCCAGAAAGAAGAGUUUCAAGAACAGCUUGUAAAUCUAAAUCAGCAGCUAUGCAGGGUGAAGAGAGAGACGGAGAGGGAAAACCAGAAGCUCCACCACAAAUCAUUAGAACUUCAGAAUACUCGGAAAUCUCGAAAAAAAACGAGUGCAAGUCACAUAGGUCAAAUCACGGGUGUCUUGUCAAAUUGCAAUGAACCUAAGGAAAGGGCUACUGCUCUUAAUCUGUCACCUUACUCUAUAGUGGGAGAAAGCUCAGAUAUAAGCAGUUCUGAGGAACGAAACGACAGUGGAGAAAGCUUGGAGGAUGACACUAGCGCGGAGGUGACGAUGAUCGAUUUACAGCAACAAAACCACGAUCUAAGAAUGGCUUUGGAAAGCUUUACAGCACACAUCGCAGAUCUGUGGCAAAAAGUAAAUGCUGGUUGUGACCUUAAGAAUGGAUUCGAUGAGGAAGAAGAGACCAUGGUACUUCUGAACAACAUUGCACAGUCUUUUUAUCAACAAAAUGCAAAGAUAGUUGAUUUAGAAGAGCAAAAUGCCCGACAACUUAGCCAUUUACAAGAAGUAGAGGAAGCUCACUGCUUUACCCAGGGUAAGAUACAUCGUCUUUGGGUCAAAUUCUGUGUCCAGGAGAAGGGAGAAAAUCAAACAACACGGACACAAGGAAUUACCUCAAGUACCAAGGCAACGGACGUUAUAUUGAACAAAAUCGAGGACGUCCUCUCCAGUAACAGGUGUACUACACAAGAAAAUGAAGAGCUUUCUCGAGUUAAAGCCUCUCUGGAAAAGAAAAUAGUCGAUCUGAGAGCGCUCCUUGAAAAAGUUAGAGAGGACCAUGGAGAAAUUUCAGAAGAACUCGAAAAGAAAAACGCAAAGAUCGAAGAGACUAAGUUCUCGUUGAGCAAGGCUAUCGAGGACAAGGACAUAGAACUAGAAAUUCUGAAAGAGCAACUUCAAGAAACUGAAAAGAAAAAAGAGCAGCUCAAAGCUGAGAGAGAAGGUUGUGAGAGCAGAGGUAAAUGCACGGACGAGGUUUUACAAAAACUUUUGAGAAGUAAGGAACGAGCACUUGAGGAUUACCAAAGGAAAAGUGAAAAGGAACUGGCCACACUUUGGGAUGAAGUAAAAGACCUUCAGGAAAGUUUGCAUAAAGCAAAACAAGACAAGAGCGACCUCCAAGAAUACUGUGAUCUACUGAAGGAAGACAUCAAAAGGUCAGAAAUUUAUAUUAAUUCUCUCGAAGAAGGCGAAAAAUCACUGAAAGGGUUACUUGAGCAAGGGAAGAAAAAGGAAGAGAAGCUGUAUCUCACUGCACGAGAACUUUACGACGAAAUAAAAACAAGGAAGCAAGAAGCUCAGUCGCAUGAGUCAGCCAUAGCAGUUUUGCAAGAGAAAAUCAAAAGCUUGGAAUUAAAGCUCGAAACAGUAAUGCAAGAACGCCAAAUUGAUAAGAAAAACCUAAAAAAUGCGAAGGAAACCGAGCAAUAUUUGCAGUCGUCCCUGCAGCAAGCCUUGGGAGAAGUUAUUCAGAUGAAAACCUCAUGUAAGAACGAGGAAAAUAUAGAGGAGGCUAGGCAAGAAACAACUGUUCACACAGCAGAUGAGCAUCGAGCAUCACUUGACGAUAGUUUCAAAGAACUGGAGAGACUUGUUGAAUAUACUCUUGAGAGAAAUGCUAGAGACUUACAAGAGUAUGCUGCACGAAUCGAAGCACUUUGUGAAGAAAACAGUAUUCUCAAAGGAGAAGUGGACGCCUACAAAGAAAGGUCAAGUACCUUGAUAAAAAAUAACCGUAGGUUGAAAACAUUGUCGCGUGCUCUUAAAGAUGAUCUUGUCGAAGAGAUGAGGGAUAAAAAGGAACUUGAAAUUUCAGUGAUUACGUCAAACGAGAAAUCUGAGUUCGCAUCAAAGGAAGGCAGAGGCUUUGAUGAACAAUCCACCAUAUCCCAACUGCCAAUGAUCGGUGAAGACAGUGCAAGUUGCGCAGCGUCUAGAUCAGCCUCUCCAAGCUCCUCUGAUUUGCAAAGUGUUGUAAGAAGGCAGAAAGGCAAAGGGCUGGCGAGAAGAAGGAUAAUACCUAAAGCCAUAAGCAAACGUUUAAGCUCGUACUCUCUAAAUCUAAAAGCAAACAAAAAUGGAGACAUGGAAGAAGGCCGAGAAACGGUAGGUAAAGAAAACGAGGCAGUGGGUGAUACAUCUGCAAUGGCUGAAUGUGAACAACGAUUACGAAGUAUUUUAAUGGCAGUCCAACGUGAUAAGGAUGAACUCCAGCAAGAAGUAGCGUCUCUGAGUGACGAGCUGCAAAGGGAAAGAUCUCAAUUGCAGACUCAUGGAAACAUCACAAAUCAACUGCGCGAAGAAACAACGAGAAAUGUUCGUGAGAGCGUGGAAAUGAAGAAGGCCUUAGAGGCAAUUCAUAACAAGACCAGAAGUGCUUACACGAUGAUAAAUAAGGACAUUCAGUCCUUACUUGAGAUUUCCAAAAAGAAGGAUAAGGAGCUGCGAAAAUUUGAGUCGUCGUCUGGAAAAGCAGAGAAGGAAAACGCCGAUUUGAUGCUAACAGUGGCGACGCUCAGAGAACAGUUACAAGAUGACGCUACACUGAAAGAAAUAAUCACUGAAGAAGCCAGGCAAUUAAGGGAAUCUCUGCAGAAAGUUAUCGAGUCUAAGGAAAAAAUUUUAUUACAACCUGAACCCCUUUUACUGAUCAACAACCUUAACACGGAUAUAGUUUUGCCUCAGAUGGGAAAACACGAAGUGCGGACAAUUUUGAAAGACGUCCUUACAGACCUUGAACAUUGUAGUUCUGAAGAGGUUAUUAGGCUAAAUCAGAAGUCAGCUGAACUAGUGGAAGAGCUCAGUAGCGUUCGAAAAGAUAACGAAUAUCUGAAGGGCUUGAUCGAUCGUGAUGUCCAUGAAGAGCUUCACAGGGCAGGAGAAAGGAUUACGUACUUGAAUGGUCAACUGAAGAUUUUCCAAGAAAGACAGAACACCCUGAGAGAGGCCGCUCUUAUGGACAGGGUAAAAGCUAAUGGAGAUGCUGAAAAAUUCUUUGAACGUUAUGCUGAGCUAAAGGUUACUUUGAAGGGGAAAGAAGAAACUCUAGAGCAGUAUAAAGAGUCAGAAGAUGUCUUGAUGACUGAGAACAGCCGGCUUCAGGAAGAAAUAGAUUUAUUGAAGCUACGAUUUGGCGUGGAGGGGUUAUCACCAACUACAAAGAAAGCUGAAGUUAAGCGGGAAUUGGAAGGAUGGAAACGAAAAUGCCAACGAAUGCAAGAACACUUUGAAAGAGAAAGCCAACACUUACAAGAAGAGAACAGCUGGUUGCAUAAGCAACUUAGUGAGGAGAGUACAUUAUGCGAGGAGCUUCAACGUUGUAAGAGCGGUCUAGAAGAGUCUCUCAAAGGAGCUGAGGAGAAGAUUAAACAACUGCAUCAGAAGCUAGAAGAUAGACAAGAAGGUCUUGCUUGCUUGGAAGAAAUGCGCGUGGUUCUCGAGACAAAAAUUUCUUGUCUUCAAAAAGUUAAUGAUGACUUACAGACUGAGCUGAGCAAGGAAAGAUCCGAGGCUGAUAAGAACAUCAUGAAGAUAAGAAACGAAUUCGCUGCCACAGCAAAAGACUUGAAACGACACCAGCAGGAAGGAAACAACCUGGUCACAAAAGUAUUCCUGCUAGAAAAUACAAAAGAGAAACUAGAACAGGAGCUCCAAGAAAAAGAACGAAAGAUGAUGGUCAAUUCGGAGUCCUUCACCGAAGAACGGAGUCGACUGACCGAAAGGGUCCGCGACUUGAGGAUUUCUCUUGAGGAGGAAGUUAGGCGAAGACUUGACCUUGAAGAAAAAAUGCAACAGAUUGUUAAGAUCUCUGUCAUGGAAGGGCAAAAGGAUCGACUGAAGACAAAUAAGGAGCAGGAGCGAAAUCUAGCCGGAACUCCCACACGGGAAUACAACAAUAAUCCUGGCAAAUCAUCAAUGGAGGCAAAGGUUCCCGUUUUACCAGUGACAUUCAUCACUGAGGCCAGUGAAACGACAGAGGAUGAUCCAAGCAAUUACAUUUAGCCAAAAUUUCUAACCGCAAACACUUGUAUUUGAGUAAAUUACUUUUUAUUUUCAUUUUCACUAUUGUUAAGCAACAGUUGUCGCGGAUUAAAUCCAUUUUACCGUUUUACAAAGAGAUGCAGAGGAUGCGACGUAUUUCUUUUAACACACGUUUACAAAUUGUCCUUGUAAUUAAAAUGAUAUACGCUUAGGUGCAAACCUUUUCUUGGGAAGAAAAUGUAGUCAGGUGUGAACAACAAACCUUGCAGUAAUUACAAUACAGCAGUGUAACUUCAGUCACUUGAAGUUUGCAUUUCAAUAAAUAAAACUUUUGCUACU